AUGGAGAAGUUAUCAAGGGUUGUGAUCAAGCAUUGUUAUGGAAGUUCUCUUGGUGCAAAGGAGAGAUGUCUGUUGGAAAUCCUUCCUCUUUUUUUUUAUGUUCUUUCCCUUUAUUAUUCACACAACCAACCAACCAACCAACAUGCUCCGGAACUUGUCUAUUUGCAUGUACAGCUGGGAGGAAUAUGUCUUGAUAUCCUGAAGGACAAAUGGAGCCCUGCACUACAAAUACGAACAGUGCUCUUAAGUAUUCAAGCUCUUCUGAGUGCACCAAACCCAGAUGAUCCACUGUCUGAGAACAUUGCUAAGCAUUGGAAGAGUAAUGAGGCAGAAGCUGUCGAGACAGCCAAGGAAUGGACCCGUCUUUACGCAAGCGGCGCAUAAGUUGGAGGGUGAAAAGAUCCCUUUCAUCCAAAUAACAUUACAUUUGAUGAAAUCUAUCUCAACAUCAAAGUUAUAAGAAAGCUUAUAUCUUGCUGGCUCUUCCCCCGCGUACUUACAAAACCGUGUUUUCGUCUCCAUUAAGUUGUAUCUCUCUGAAUAACUGUAUCAUUACUUAUAGGAUCGAGACACGUUUUUCAUAUUUGAAGUUUGUCAAAGGUUCUUCGAGUCCAAAGUA